AUGUGUCCAAGGAGAGCGUCGCCGGGGAGUGCCGUGGAGAGCCUCGUCGGGGAGAGAGAUUCGCCAGGGAGAGAAGUUCGCCGGGGAGAGAGCCUCGCCUGGGAGGUAGAUUCGCCGGGGAGAGAGUCCAGCCGGGGAGAGAAACUCGCCGGGGAGAGAGAUUCGCCAGGAGGGAGAUUCGCCAUGGAGAGAGAUUCGCCAGGGAGAGGGACUCGCCGUGGAGAGAGUCGCCGGGGAGAAAGCCUCGCCGUGGAGAGCCUUGCCAGGGAGAGAGAUUCGCCAGGGAGAGGGACUCGCCGUGGAGAGAGUCGCCGGGGAGAAAGAGUCGCCGGGGAGAGAGCCUCUGAGGUGGUCCCAUUUUCGGGCCCUCUAAAUGCCCACAACGCCAACUGUUCGUGUCAAGCCUGGCUUCGCCACGAUAACGUGGACAAGAGAUAG